AGAGACUUAUAUAAUUUAAGAAAUUCUGAAAAUUAUUACCAAGCAUUUUUUUAGCUGCAUUCAUCUCAACCUCUCCUUCCAGGAUUUCAUGGGUCACGGGGAGGAGAAAAAUGCUCGGAGGUCUGUUCCUCAGUUCGGAGGAUGGGAUCAAAAUGGCCCAGAUCCUACAAACUACACCGUGGUGUUCACCCAAGCUCGUGCUAACAGGAAGCAAAACAAGACAGACUUGACUGAGUUCAAGCGCAACAGCCUGGGGAAUGAACAGGAAUUCUUGGCUGCUCAUUCUCAACAUGGUCAUCAUCAACAAGACGAUUCUGUUAUGAGGAAAAAGACGAUUCUGACCUACAUAAAUUGCUGUAUUAGGCCUUGAUUUCCAAAGAAUGGGAGUAAUUUAUCCAUUCCUGUCCUUUGUAAUCUAUUAUCGACAUGUAAUCUUAUAGACAAGACUCGUUCAUCAAUCUUUGAGGGAGCAAUAUACAUUCUAUUUUAGUCCA